CUUCACGUGUUGGUCGAACCCAGGCCCAAUAUCUCCAAACAUUACAAAUUCGAAACCCUAUAUUUGAUCACAUUGGAUAUUCAGAACUAACCCUUCAUCAACCUCUUCUCUGACGGCUACAACCCUCGUCGUUUCCAAACCCUAAUGGCACCGAAGAAGGAAAAGGCUCCACCACCGUCGUCAAAGCCGGCGAAAUCCGGAGGAGGAAAACAGAAGAAGAAGAAGUGGAGCAAGGGAAAGCAAAAGGAAAAAGUCAACAACAUGGUCUUGUUUGAUCAAUCUACCUAUGAUAAGCUUCUCACUGAAGCUCCCAAAUACAAACUCAUCACUCCUUCAAUCCUCUCCGAUCGUCUCAGGGUUAAUGGAUCUUUGGCACGUCGUGCAAUCAAAGACCUAAUGGCGAAAGGGUUGAUUAGGUUGGUAUCUGCACAUGCUAGCCAACAGAUUUACACUAGAGCCACUAAUACUUGAACGGCUUCAAGGUGCUUAUUUGUUAUUUAGCUUCUGUUUAGAGAACAUUGUUAUGAGGAUGUUGUUUGGUUUUCAUGUUUUGUUACAAAUUUUAUGUUAUUCGUCAGUUUUAUUUUGCUGAAGACAGUUGUUGAAAUUUUGUUUUAAAUUAAUUAUGACAAGUUAAAUUCAAGCAAUGGUUUCUUGCGUGUGAUGUUUACAGUAA